CCUCGUGAACCACGACCACAAACCUCGACAUGGCCCCUAAAUUCACCGUAAUCGUUGGCAUCACAGGCAAUCAAGGCGGUUCCGUCGCUAACACCUUUCUCUCUGACCCUGCCUACCGAAUCCGAGGAAUAUCUCGCAACCCGUCUUCUGCAGCCGCCAAGAAACUUGCAGAGCAAGGGGUUGAGAUUGUGAAGGCUGAUUUGGAUGAUCCGGAGAGUCUUGAGAAAGCGUUUGAGGGCGCAAAUUUGAUUUUUAGUGUGACGAAUUAUUGGGAGCCGUUUUUUAGACCGGAUUGCAGGGCGUUGGCGAAGGAAAAGGGGAUGAGCUGUAGGGAAUUCGCUUAUGAGGUUGAGUACCGACAAGGAAAAAACAUAGCCGACGCAGCAGCAAAAGUUGUCUCAAGUCUAGACAACAAUGGCUUCAUCGCAAGCACGCUAAGCCAUGCCGGAAAAUGCAGCAAAGGGAAAUACAAAGAUCUCUACCAUUUCGACGCCAAAGCCGACAUCUUUCCCGAUUAUGUGAACAAAACCCACCCCGCCCUAGCAAAGAAAUCCAGCUACAUCCAAACCGGCUACUUCACAAGCAGCUACAAACUAGCCCCAAACUCCUACUUCAAAAAGCUCCCCUCAGGAACCUACGAAACCUCCUUCCCAACCCCACCCCACACCCCCGUCCCGCACCUCUCCGUCCGCACCUCCACCGGCCCCUUCGUCUCGGCCGUCUCCCGCAUGCCGCCCGGACACGCCUACAUGUGCGAAGGGACGACUUGUUCGUGGAGCGAGUACAUGGCGCAUUGGUCCGAGGUCACGGGAAAGGAGGGGAGGUAUCGACAGUGUAGCCUAAGGGAGUUUGUGGAGGCGAAUCAUGAGGAUGAGAUGUUUGGGGUGGAGGCCGGGGUGAUGUUUGAGUAUAGUGGGGAGGUGGGGUAUGAUGGGGGAGACGAAGGGUUGGUGAGGAAGGAGGAUUUGUGGGGGAGGGGGUUAAGGUUUGAGAUGGUUGGGUUGAGGGAGUGGAUGGAGGGGGAGGAUUGGGGGUCUGUUUUGGGUCGAUAA